UGGAAAGCAGUGGGAGGAGUUACUACAGCUUCCCCUCCACUCAAAGUAGAAAAACAGUCUGUGAGACUGGCACAAAGGAGAAGCAGAACUGUCUGAGCAUGAUGCGUACUGAGCAAACGCUCGUGAGGGUGUCAGAGGGAGAGACAAACUGAGGACAGAGAAGUAGAUACUGAGUGACUCAGUCAGUCAGUAAGAGAAAGGGGGUGGGGGCAGGAAACAGACCUGGAAGACAAAUAGUGAAAUACACUCACAUUGUGACACACAGACGGACAGAAGGAGCUCAACUCAAGCGUGAGCUCUGCUCCUGAGAAGAAGCCUGGUGGUUUGUGGUCAGGACCUUGUGAGAGGUUGAAAGCUAAUGACAACUUUGCUGCUUUGGAUCUGAAGAGGACAAAAACACAGGACUGAGUUUUGACAAAAAGAACGGAUUUUGCCAUGAGGGCAUCCCUCUAGCUGACCUGAAUUUGGAUAUACCAUCAUUCCUUUUGUGGACUCAGCGGCUCGUGGUGGUUGAGGACUUCUUGAGCAAAAAGGAAACAGAUUUGUGUGACUGAUUUGUCUGAGUACGUAAAGCUCAACCGGCAACUUGUGGGGUGCAGUCUGGUGGAGAGGCAAGGCAGGGGGAGGGGAGGACACUCCGGCCUGAAUCUCUGUUCUCUUGGAGGGAGUCUUUUCAACAUGAGGUAACCCCCAAAAUAACUACAUCAAGACAGUGGAGUGACUCAAGUUAACCAUGUGCCCCAUUCCUCUCAUAUGUGGACAGCUGUGCAGGAAAGCAACAUUUGUGCCAAUGGCCUGAAUUAUCAGAUGACAGUGUCUUUCAAUGUAUCAUGGUUUAGGACUUUUCUGUGAUUUACUCUGCAUACAUGGUGAAUUCAUUGUGCAGGACAGCCCUUUCAUAAUAAAUAGUACAUAACAGACAGCCCUCAGCCCUCCACUCUUUGUCUCUCAGAAUGGACAACAAUACCCCCCUGACUGAAAAUUUCACCCCACAAGCAGACAGCUCUACCUGCAACAAGAACGAUGGGUUCAAAUACCCAUUGUACAGUACUAUAUUUAGCAUUGUGUUUGUGGUGGGACUGAUCACGAAUGUUGUAGCUAUUUACAUUUUCACAUGCUCUCUGAAGCUGAGGAAUGAGACCACAACCUACAUGAUAAACUUGGUAGUGUCUGACCUGCUAUUUGUCUUUACACUGCCUCUGAGGGUCUUCUACUUCAUCAACCAGAACUGGCCUUUUGGAAGCAUGCUCUGCAAGUUCUCCGUCUCGCUGUUCUACACCAACAUGUAUGGUAGCAUGCUCUUUCUCACCUGCAUUAGCGUGGAUCGCUUUUUAGCCAUUGUGCACCCUUUCCGCUCAAGGGCGCUUAGGACCAAGCGCAAUGCUAAGAUAGUGUGUGUUGCUGUGUGGGUGCUGGUGCUGUCAGGGAGUCUCCCCACAGGGUUCAUGUUGGAGCCCACCUCACGUGAGAACAGCAAUGCUAACUCCACUUUCUGCUUUGAGAACUUCUCUUCCAAUCAGUGGAAAUCCCACCUUUCUAAGGUGGUAAUCUUCAUAGAGACAGUGGGCUUCAUCAUCCCGCUUCUGCUCAAUGUAUGUUGCUCCAUCAUGGUGCUGCAGACCCUGCGUCGCCCCCAAACCAUCAGUCGUGGGGGGAAGCUGAACAAAACAAAGAUCCUGCGCAUGAUAAUUGUUCACCUCUUUAUUUUUUGUUUUUGCUUCAUCCCCUACAAUGUAAACUUGGUUUUCUACGCUCUGGUCCGCACUAAAACUUUAAAAGGCUGCUUUGCAGAGUCGGUGGUCCGAAUGAUCUACCCAAUAGCCCUCUGCAUAGCUGUGUCCAACUGCUGCUUUGAUCCCAUUGUUUACUACUUCACCUCAGAGACCAUCCAGAACUCCAUCAAGAGGAAGUCUCAGGUCAGCCGUUCGUAUGACAUCAAGUUCUCCGAGGCCCUGCAGUCAGAAACCAGCUCCAACCUGCAGUGCAGCCUGAGGAAUCUCAAAGCUAAAGUCUUCCACAAUGAGUCUUCUGUGUGAAGGUGGGGUUGCUACACUUGGCAUGAAAGGUAUUAAAAUCCAUCUUUAGAAAAACAAACCUCCUUGAUGCAAUGGGAAUGGAUUUUUUGCUGUGCACUUGCCAAAGAAGUAUUAUCUGAUCUCAGGACAAAUGUUUGGAUCUGCCAUAGACAGCCUCUGCUCUGCAGUAUUGCUGCACAUAACGCUUUGUUCUUCUGUGGAUUUGUCAUUAGUACUUACUAAUUUCUCUUUCCUGUGGAAUAUACUGUAAUUGCAUUAAGCACAAUUACUCUGCCAGUGACCUGGAAGGGAAUGUGAUCACCGAACAGCAGGGCAGUUAUAAUAUUGAAAGCUACAUGUGCCUGUAUAUCUGUACAUUUCUGUGGUAAGUUGUGGUGCUAACGUUAGUAUCUAUUAAAUUAACAUAAAGUUAUAUCAAGCUGUAGCUUGUACAGGGCUUUGUUUUGUUUGUUUAAAUUGUGAAUUACAAAUAGGUCAUAGAAGUGCCUUUUUUGCUCUGGCAGCAUUUCAUUGUAGCCUUUUUGUUUUUAUAGACCAUUAAAUGCACUGACACAUAAGUUCACAAACUGCACUCAUGCCACAGUAAUGAAUAAAAUACAUGUACUGUCUAAAUUAA